GAAAUCCAUCGGGCAUCCACAUACAUGCAACAUUUGUUUCGAAGAUGGCAGGCGAGACCUUACAGAAGUAUGCUGAAGGCGAAGGAGAAUGCUGCAUAGGCCCUCCGAUUGAGGAAAAUGCAGGAACAGUGCUUGUGAUUUCUUUCGUUUCUGUUGUCAUUAUAAUAUCAGCUAUUGCCGCAUUUCUAUUUGCUCGAAACUGUUGGAUUCUUCGGAAUGGUGGCCGUCGAAAACCUCCUCGUAUGGACAGGGAGGAAGUAGAAAUACUUACAUGUUUCAUAUUUAAAAGGGCUUAUUUGACCACCAAACAUAUUACUGAAACUUGCGCUAUCUGUCUUGAAGAUUAUCAGGAUGGAGAGAGACUCCGCCUUCUUCCCUGUCUACAUGAAUUUCACUCGGCGUGUGUGGAUUCAUGGUUGACUAAAUGGGGAACAUUCUGCCCAAUAUGCAAAUACGACAUGAACUCCAGCAGGUAGUUUCUUCCAGUUCUGUGUUUGUAAAACCAAAAUUUUUCUGCAUAUAAUGAUUUGCUCUCCUUAUGUCUUUAUCGGUUGUUCGUUGCUGCUAAUUGUGCACGCCCACCACUAGUUUUUUAAUUUAAGCAACAGGGAGCAGUUAAACAGUUCUUCUCUUCUAAUGUUGUAAAAAAUAAUAAAAAAUUCUUUUUGUAAAGUGCAGUUAGUAAAGCAGUAUAUUUGAGUUUUGUUUU